UCACUGCCCCCUUUCGCUGAAACGAAACCCUCAUUCCACCUGAGUGCGGGUGCGCCAUGGCCUCGCCGCAGCAGCCGCCGCCGGCGAAGAAACCCACACCACUCCCCCCGACGACCAUAAGCGCCCUCGACCUAGACACCCUGCGCGAGAUCUUCCUCUGCCUCCCCUCUCUCCCGAGCCUCGUCCGCGCCGCCCUCAGCUGCCACACCUUCCUGGACGCCGUCCGUUCGUCGCCCGCUUUCCGCCGCCGGUUCCGUGCGCUCCACCCACCCCCGCUCCUAGGCCACUUCCUCACCACCCAAGACACCAACAUCCCUACUUUCGUGCCUCUCCGCAGCCGCUCCGACCCGGACAUCGCGGCGGCCGUCCGCGGCGGCGAUUUCUUCCUCACCCGCCUCCCAGUCCCCGAAGACGGCGCUGUGCCCGUUCCUGCACCCGUCUCCGCCCCCGAAGAUAACGGGGAUGGCGUUUCCGUUCCUGUCCGCGCCCCCGCACCCGAAGACGACGGCGAGGAUGCCGUCUUCGGCUCUGAAGACGACGACGAGGAUCCCAUCCCCGACCUCGUGUGGUCAUGGUCAAUAGAUGACUGCCUUGACGGAUUCGUUGUUCUCGACAACUGGAGCACUCAGCAGAUCGCCGUCUACAACCCGCUCGCGCGGACCCUGGAUGUCUUCCCCCUGCCUCCCCACCAGGAGCACUGCAAGAACUGCGAGCGCCAGUAUUCUGAUUACUACAUCCUCGCCGAAAAAGAAGAAGACUCCUUGCCGUACCGUGUCUUGUGCGUCCGGCACAGCGAACACGGGGCGCGCACCAUGGUCUUAUCAUCGGACACCAGCAAGUGGCAGAUUUUCCCAUGGGUAGACAUCGACGGGUUCUGGCCUAGCAAUGGUAAGCUGGUAAAUGGCUGCAUCUAUUGGACCAUUGGGAUGAUGGACGCCCGCGUGCUUAACACUGCUACAAUGCAAUUCUCUCGGAUGGAUAAUCCGCCACACAGGAGAGGGAGUGACGUCUUGACGGCUGGUGAGACCAAGGAUGGAAGGCUCUGUGUGGUCUCCGCACCUAAGGGGCCAUUGACAUUUGAAUCUAGGCUUCUUGUUUGGAUCCGGAGAGCCGGCGACAAUGGCAUCGAGAGGUGGAUGUUGCACAAGUCACUCCCGUUUCAGGAGAUGGCUGGAAUCAUUCGGUGUAGAUCCAGGGAGGAUAAUGUUAAAUUUGAAGUGACUGUUAGGGCGAUUAUUGAUGGCUUUGUGUACUUCUCUGCUUAUUGUCGGGUGAUGCCGCAUCAGCAUUCGACUCCCUGGCUCCUAUCCUUCUGCAUGGAAACAGUGGCGCUGAACAAGCUUGGUCGCAUCCCUAGUGGUUCUUCCUAUCCCUACAUCAUGCCGUGGCCUCGUUCUUUGGUUGGUAUACACAACAAGCAAACCAGCUUAUCCAGUUAAAGACACAUGAUUCUCUUCUGUGUUCUUGAAUCGAAGUGAUGUCUGCUAAUUAAGCUGCAUCACUGGGCUCCUCAGGCAAAGGUGCAGAAGAAGAAACAUUUGUGCCGUUUGUAAUGGCAACAUGGUUGGUUCAAACUAAGGAUCUUGACUGGGGAAUAAAGAAGCGGGGCAGCAAGUUUGCAAGCAGGGCUUCAUCAAUAUGCUGGAAUUGUUUGUUCACAUGAAGAAUCUAAACUAUCUGCAGUUAGAAUUUGCAAUGUCCUGUCCGAACUUCCGUAGAGCUCUCAAGGUGCGGAGCUAAUGUCUGUCAAUCUAUGGAAUGGAACAUUGAACGACUACACCGUUCAUGUAUUGAAACAGUUUCGGUACAUCAAUUAGAGAAGAAAUUAUACGAA